AUGUCGAUGCUGCCGACUUUUGGCUUCACCCAAGAGCAAGUGGCCUGCGUCUGCGAGGUGCUCCAGCAAGGCGGCAAUAUCGAGCGGCUGGGGCGGUUCCUCUGGUCCCUCCCUGCGUGCGAGCACCUCCACAAAAACGAGAGCGUCCUCAAGGCCAAGGCCGUGGUGGCUUUCCACCGGGGCAACUUCCGCGAGCUCUACAAGAUCCUGGAGAGCCACCAGUUCUCGGCGCACAACCACCCCAAGCUGCAGCAGCUCUGGCUCAAGGCGCACUACAUCGAGGCGGAGAAGCUGCGGGGGCGACCCCUAGGGGCGGUGGGCAAGUACCGGGUGCGCCGCAAGUUCCCGCUGCCCCGCUCCAUCUGGGACGGCGAGGAGACCAGCUACUGCUUCAAGGAGAAGAGCCGCAGCGUCCUCCGCGAGUGGUACGCGCACAACCCCUACCCGUCCCCCCGCGAGAAGCGCGAGCUGGCCGAGGCCACCGGCCUCACCACCACCCAGGUCAGCAACUGGUUCAAGAACCGCCGCCAGCGGGACCGAGCCGCCGAGGCCAAGGAAAGGUACGGGGAAAACAACGAGAAUUCCAACUCCAACAGCCACAACCCGCUCUCGGCGUCUAUGAACGGGAAUAAAACAGUUUUGGGGAGCUCGGAGGACGAGAAGACGCCGUCAGGGACCCCGGAUCACUCCUCCUCCAGCCCCGCGCUGCUGCUCGGCACCAACCCCGGCCUGCAGCCCCUGCACGGCCUGGGCCACCCCCCGGGCCCCAGCGCUAUCCCCGUGCCCAGCGCCGACCCCAUGCACCACCACAGCUUGCAGGACUCCAUCCUCAACCCCAUGUCAUCCAACCUGGUGGAUCUGGGCUCUUAAAAACGCGUACACGCUCCCUCCCUCGCACCAGCCCUCCUUUACUCUUUCUCUCUGUCUCUCUCUAUUCCCCCCCCUCCUUAAUGUUACCAGAGACUUUGUAAGCCACGGCACACGCCUUGGUGGCCGGGUUGUGCCCUUUGGCAGACAGGCUGGCUGUGGGUUUGGAGGGUACUGGACUCGACUGUGUGCAGUAACGUUGUGGCAAAGCCUUAAGGGUUGUAUAAAGCUGGUUUCAGGCGUGUAUGGACUGUUGGAUAGGACCUGUGAUUUUAACGGCAGGCUCUAACGUGGUUCUGCGUAGCAGCUCUUUCCAGCCUUAU